AUGGCCGAAGCAACGACCAACAAGAGGUCCAAGAUGGAUCCCAAUGAGCACAUUAUCACGCACUCGGGCACGUUCCACGCGGACGAGGCGCUUGCGGUCAACCUUCUGCGCAAGCUGCCGCGCUUUGCCUCUGCGCCGCUCACGCGCACGCGCGAUGCAGCCACGAUCGACAAGGGCACCAUCGUCGUCGACGUCGGCGCCACGUACGAUGCCGCCGCGCACAGGUACGACCACCACCAGCGCGGUUUCGACGAGGUGUUUGACGACAAGCACGCCACGAAGCUGUCGAGCGCCGGACUGGUGUGGAAGCACUUUGGGCGCGAGAUCGUUGCUGCGCAUCUGAACCUCGGCGACAGGGACAGGGAGACGGUGGAGCUGCUGUACCACAAGCUGUACGACGACUUUGUCGAGGCGAUCGAUGGCAUCGACAACGGCAUCGCGCAGUAUCCGAACGAGCUCAAGCCCAAGUACAAGAGCCGCACGGAUCUGUCGGCGCGCGUGGGCUAUCUCAACCCGCGCUGGAACGAAAAGUCCACCGACGCCGAGCUGGACGCGCGCUUUGAGCGCGCCAGUGCCAUGGCGGGCAAGGAGUUCUUUGACCGACUCGACUACACGUUCAACGCGUGGCUGCCUGCACGUCAGAUCGUGGUGGAUGCGCUGGCCAAGCGUACACACCCGCAGCUGCUCGUCUUUGACCAGUUUGCCAGUUGGAAGGACCACCUCUUCACGCUGGAGCAGGAGCUCAACAUUGCACCCACGGAGCGCGCCAUCUAUGUGGUGUACCCGGACGAGUCGGGCAAGUGGCGAGUGCAGGCCGUACCCGUGAGUGCGGAGAGCUUUACCUCGCGCAAGGCUCUGCCGGAGCCGUGGCGCGGGAUCCGGGACGAAGCGCUGUCCCAGCUCACGGGCAUCCCGGGGUGUAUCUUUGUGCACCAGAGUGGGUUCAUUGGUGGCAACGCCACGCGCGAGGGGGCGCUCAAGAUGGCCAGUGAUGCACUGGCGCACACGGGCGUCGAGUUUAUCCACUCUGCGCCUGUUGCUGGUGACGCGGAUGGACACAGCCACUCGCAUGCCGGAGGGGACCAUGGACACACGCACGAUAUCAUGGAGCAUCCGGGCAAGUUUAAUGACCGGGAGCUGCCGAACUACGAGGCGCGCAACUGGAGCGAGCGGGCGUUUACCGUGGGCAUUGGUGGACCUGUGGGGUCGGGUAAGACGGCGCUGCUGCUGUCGCUGUGUCGUAAGCUGCGCGAGAAGCUCAACCUGGGAGUAGUGACGAACGACAUUUUUACGCGCGAAGACCAGGAGUUUCUACGACGUCAUGCGGCCCUGACGCCCGAGACACGAAUUCGGGCUAUCGAGACGGGCGGAUGUCCGCACGCGGCGAUUCGCGAGGACAUCAGUGCGAACCUGGACGCACUCGAGCAGCUGCAGGCGCAGUUCGACACGCAGCUGCUCUUCGUCGAGAGCGGCGGCGACAAUCUUGCGGCAGCCUACUCGGUGGAGCUGGCGGAUUUCCACGUGUAUGUGAUCGACGUGGCUGGAGGUGACAAGGUGCCGCGCAAGGGCGGGCCGAGCAUUACGCAGAGCGAUGUGCUGGUGAUCAACAAGAUCGACCUGGCCGAUCAGGUGGGCGCCGAUCUGGGCGUCAUGAAGCGCGAUGCGCACAGGGUGCGCGAUGGCGGACCUACCGUGUUUACCUCGGUCAAGCUCGAUCAAGGUGUGGAUGCGGUGGUGGAGAUGAUCCUUGCUGCGCGCCGUAUUGCCGGUGCCGACAAAGCUGGCCAACCAAUUCAAGCCUAA